CCCGUGUCUUUUAUUAGAAAUAAAAUAUGACCAAUUUUUUAUUUUUCUUAAAGUUUGAAGCCAUUACUGACUCUGACAAGUCUGAGUUGUCUAUUUUCCAUUUCUUUCCCGAUCAAAAUUUUCUUUGUUCAUGAAUGUUAAUGUCCAAAAAUCUAGUCCUUAUCUGUAAUAGUACUUGGAAUAUUGCUCGAUAGCUCAUAAAGUUGAGAUCGUUUAAGUUAAAUCAAACUAUAUUAUUGGCGAUUCAGUUUCUGUAGAUAUCAAAAGAAUUUUGAAUUUGAAUCUUCUUUUGGUAUAUAUAGAAUCUAGAGAUAGCUUUUCCACUUUUCGAAAAUGGUGUUUGACAACGAGGCAGGAUCUUCAUCUCAAGCUCUAAGAGCUCCGCCACCGCCGAGGGAGGACACACCCUUAAUCGGUAGCCACAAGUCAUUGUCGUCUCAAGGCAAGACCUUCGCUAAUGUGUUUAUAGCCAUAGUCGGCGCCGGCGUUCUGGGCUUACCGUACACUUUCAAGCGAACUGGUUGGGCGUUGAGCCUCCUUACGAUGUUGGGCGUCGCCGCUCUUACCCACCACUGCAUGAUGCUACUGGUCUACACCCGCCGAAGACUCGAAUCCAUUGAUGGGUUCUCGAAGAUAGCGUCUUUUGGAGAUUUGGGUUUCACCGUUUGUGGCUCUUUUGGGAGGUUGUUAGUUGAUAUUCUUAUUAUCCUCGCUCAAGCUGGGUUUUGCGUUGGAUAUCUAAUCUUCAUAGGUAAUACUAUGGCCAAUCUCUUAACUUCACCGACCACAUCUAUGAAAACGACGAUGACCCUUUUGAGCUCUAAGAUUUUGGGGUUGAACCCCAAGAGUUUUUACAUAUGGGGUUGUUUCCCUUUCCAAUUAGGGUUGAAUUCGAUUCCAACGUUGACCCAUCUCGCCCCUUUGAGUAUUUUGGCUGAUGUGGUUGAUCUUGGAGCAAUGGGUGUUGUGAUGAUAGAGGAAGUUAUCGUUUUGUUGAGCAACAGGCCUGUUGUGAGGGCUUUUUCAGGGUUUUCUGAGUUUUUGUAUGGCUUAGGGGUGAUUGUUUACUCCUUUGAAGGGAUUGGAAUGUGUUUGCCUUUGGAAUCUGAGAUGAAAGAUAAGAACAAGUUUGGGAAAGUCUUGGCCUUCUCCAUGGCUUUCAUAUCAAUAAUGUAUGGGAGUUUUGGAGCUCUGGGUUACUUUGCUUAUGGGGAAGAAACACAAGACAUGAUCACUGCUAACUUGGGUGCAGGGUUGAUUAGCAUCUUGAUCAAGGUUGGGCUUUGUGUGAAUCUAUUCUUCACUUUACCUAUAAUGAUGAACCCAGUUUAUGAGAUUAUUGAGAGGAGGUUCUGGGGUGGGAGCUACUGUCUGUGGCUGAGAUGGCUUUCCGUUUUGGUUGUGACUUUGGUGGCUUUGUUGGUCCCCAACUUUGCUGAUUUCUUGUCUUUGGUGGGCAGUGGCGUUUGCUGUGCAUUGGGGUUUGUUUUACCUUCUUUGUUCCAUUUUCUGGUCUUCAAAAAUGACACGAGUCGAACUGCAUUGUGGUCUGAUGUGACCAUUUUCGUUUUGGGCAUUGGUCUUGGAGUGUCUGGAACUUGGUAUGCUUUGCAAGAAAUGUUUGCUGUUAAGGUCUAGAAUCAAUCUGAAACGGGUUUUAGUUGUAAAAGCUUUUAGUCUUUACAGUGGAGUUGUGGCCUAUACCAGAAAACGACUCAUCAUUUGUAAAUUUUGGAUUGGUCGAGUUGUUAAACAAUAAAUGGGUUAUCUAUUGUAAAUUUUGAAUGUAUGAACAAUUUUAUAUAUUUUUGUUAUAAUGAAAGUAUGAAUUUCAAUCUAAUGAAUAAUUCUCCUCCUAUUUUUUCUUGGUGCAAAUGGGUGUCAUCUGUAGUAGCAAAUUAUGAAUACACGAACCUCAACUCACUAUCAAAGUCCAUAGGAAUUGAUUCUCCAUUUUACAUCUAAAGAAAUAACUCUUCCAGGUAUGAUACUUGUUCGGGUUAUAUAAAUAUCAUUUAAAAAAACAAUGGCUAAAAUAAAUUUAAUAGGAAAUAUUUUUUCACCCUGCUAGAAUGAACCUAGCCAAUAGCUCAUAAGGUCACUCUAGGGUGGUAUAAGAUGAUAACAAUUAGAUAACUAUUCAUAAUCUGUAUUGUUACUAAGUAGUAACAACAAAAUCAAUGGUUAUCAAGAUAAGAUCGAGUAACUAAUAAAGCAUAUGUGGUUAUAAAAAAAAAAACUAAUACAGCACAUGUUAAUAAUCACUAGUAACAACUGUGUUAAUUGUUGAUAUCAUUUAAAUUCUGAAUCACAAUCUUCGAUAUAAUUUCUGAACCAAUAUUAACUUUCUGAAACGAACACUAGGUUGACUAGUUUAUCAUGUAAAGGAAAAUUGAGGGAGAUGAACAAUGACAAACCUGACUGAUUGAGGUAGAGAGCUGAGCACUUUGUGGCAAAACAAAAGCCAAAAUAGUGAAUAUAAAGAGUCCCACAUGGAACGUAAGAUAAGAGGAUAGGGAGUAAGAGGGUAUAAAAUAUAAGGGAGAGGGAUGAUGCAACAUACUUACCUGGACGGGGUCAAUGGGUGAUCAACAAGGCCCAUGGCCUAGGUUGGUGACCUCCAUUGCACUUAGGAGGGGUGCUCGCCUAUGGUCUCCCCAAGUGGGAGAGCCAACGUCAUAAUUUGUGGCAGUGGGGGCCUGCGUUCGCGCGGCCCCUGU